GAUUCUUUGGCGAGGCUCAACAUUGCAACGACUUCUCCUACUAUCCUCUUUCAAUUCUUCUCUAUACUUUAUCGUUGCUAUUUCGCCUUUAGCCUCGUUGAUCAUCCGACUUGAAGCAACCACUUGUCGCCAGUCGGUUUCCUUCUAGCCAGUCUAGCCCCCCGUCUCAAAGCUACUGCCAGAUCGCAUCUCAAGAACGUUGACCCGCAACUCCCAAUUUCGAUCCAGACGGGAUGCAAAGUGCCCUACGAUAGAUUCGGCGCGUCGCUUAUCUUCAUCCGUUCCCCCUUUCCCUUUCUUUCUUUCGGUCAAAGCAUGAGAGAUGUCAAGGUCCGCGACACCUGCGUUGCCUCUGCAUAAUGCACCAAACUCCGACUCUCCGCGUCCCUCCUCCACCACCCCAUUAGGGAUCCGGCCAGAUGCGCCUUCAUCGGCCUCAACCUCCACAUACUCGUGGCUUGAACCCCAUGAAACCGCCGAGAGACUACAUACAUCCCUAUUACAUGGCCUGACCCCGGCCGAGGCAGAGGUGCGCCUCGCACGCGAUGGCCCCAAUGAACUCCCCCAUGAAGAGCCAGAGCCCCUAUGGCUGCGGUUCCUCAAGCAGUUCAAGGAAACUCUCAUCCUUCUCCUCCUCUCCUCGGCCGGUAUAUCGUUUGUGAUGGGCAAUUACGAUGAUGCUUUGAGCAUCACUCUCGCAGUCACCAUUGUGGUCUCGGUCGGCUUUGUCCAGGAGUACCGAUCAGAGAAGUCCCUGGAGGCGUUGAAUCGUCUUGUCCCGCAUUUUGCCCACCUCAUCCGUGAUCUUCCUUCCACGGCCACUGCAACUGCGGAGCCAUCCGUUGCUGGAGUAGAACUGGAGGAAUUGAAGAUCAAGAGCCCCGGCGCAGCAUCUGCUGCCAUCAAGGCAUCCACCACCGUUCCCGCGGCUGAUUUGGUACCUGGGGAUCUGGUACUUUUCUCCACGGGUGAUCGCAUCCCCGCCGAUAUACGAAUCACUGCCGCAACUGAUCUCACGAUUGACGAAUCGAAUUUGACUGGUGAAAACGAACCUGUCGUCAAGUUCUCUGCUGCACUCCACCAUCAUCACAAGAACCUCCACGUUCCCAAGGCCAUUAGUCCUCCUCGCUCGCCAUUUUACGAUGCCCCCGCCUCCGGUGCUGUCGGUGCCGAUGUUCGCCUUAAUGAACAACACAAUAUUGCAUUCAUGGGAACACUCGUCCGCUCUGGGUAUGGCCAGGGUAUUGUUAUAUCUACAGGUGCGAAGACGGAAUUCGGAAGCAUCUCGGCUUCUUUGCAGGAAAUCGAGAGCCCUCGAACUCCUUUGCAGCUUUCCAUGGACCGUCUUGGUCAAGAACUGAGCUAUAUCUCGUUCGGUGUCAUCGGCUUGAUCAUGGUUAUUGGCCUCUUGCAGGGGCGUAAGCUCCUCGAAAUGUUUACUAUCGGUGUCUCUCUCGCUGUUGCGGCUAUUCCCGAAGGUCUGCCCAUCAUCGUGACUGUCACUCUUGCUCUUGGUGUUCUGCGGAUGGCCAAGAGGGGGGCGAUCAUGCGCCGACUGCCUAGUGUUGAAACUCUUGGCUCGGUCAACGUUGUCUGCAGUGACAAGACCGGUACUCUGACCAUGAACCAUAUGACUGUUACCAAGAUGUGGCAUUUUGAUAGCGAUGAGCCCUUUGAGGUUCAGCGUGACACGACUUCUGUUUUGGCGCCAGGCCCUGCGGCGCGUACUAUUCUUCGUGUUGGAAACAUUGCCAACAAUGCUCGCCUCUCUCGAACCCACGCCAAUUCCCCGGCCAGUGCAUCCUCCGCAGCUGUGCUUUCAUCUACUCUAGACAGAAACUCGACCGCUGUGAAGAGUCGUUGGGUCGGCCAGCCUACGGAUGUCGCUAUCUUGGAUCUAUUGGAUGUGCUGGGAGAGGACGAUGUCCGCGAACGAAUUAGUGCUCGUGUGUCUGAGACGCCAUUCAGUUCCGAACGAAAGUGGAUGGGUGUUAUCAUUGGCACCCACCACCCUGGUGAUUCCGAUGUUGCCUAUAUCAAGGGUGCCAUGGAACAGGUCUUGGCUCGUUCAGACACUUAUUUGACCAAGGAUGGCCGCGAAGUCAUUCUUGACGAGCCCCGCCGUAAGGUCAUUCGCGAAGCCGCAGAGCGGAUGGCCAGCGAGGGUCUCCGAGUGCUUGCUUUUGCCAGCGGAGCUGUCCGAAACCCCUCUCGAGGUAUGAGAGGUUUUGGCAGCCGAUCUGGUACCCCCACCUCCAAAUGCAGCAGCCCGGCUGAUGAUGAUGAUCGCUACAAUGGAUUAACCUUUGCUGGCCUUGUCGGUAUGAACGACCCGCCUCGCAAGGAUGUGCACAAGUCUAUCCGUCGUCUUAUGGCGGGCGGUGUCAGAGUCAUCAUGAUCACCGGUGACGCUGAAACCACAGCCGUUGCCAUUGCCAAGAAGCUUGGGAUGCCAGUCAGCGAGUCCGCAAACGCGCGCUCGGUCAUUCGUGGUGAUGAGAUUGAUCAUAUGAGUACUGGCGAGCUUGCCCAGGCCAUUGCAACCACCUCGAUCUUUGCCCGUACGAGCCCGGACCACAAGAUGAAGAUUGUGCGUGCGCUCCAGUCUCGUGGAGACGUCGUUGCCAUGACUGGUGACGGUGUCAACGACGCACCCGCUCUGAAGAAGGCUGAUAUUGGUAUUUCAAUGGGCAAACUCGGCACCGAUGUUGCGAAGGAGGCUGCCGACAUGAUCUUGACCGAUGACGAUUUCUCGACUAUUCUCCGGGCUAUCGAACAGGGCAAGGGCAUUUUCUAUAACAUUCAAAACUUCAUCACCUUCCAGCUCAGUACCAGUGUGGCUGCUCUCAGUCUUGUAUUGUUGAGUACUACGCUCGGGUUCAAAAAUCCUCUCAAUGCCAUGCAGAUCUUGUGGAUUAACAUUCUCAUGGACGGCCCACCAGCACAGUCUCUUGGCGUUGAGCCCGUUGACCCCUCGAUCAUGAACCGUCCCCCUCGUCCCAAGCACGCCCGUGUUCUUACCCGACCUCUCAUCCAGAGAGUUCUCACCUCCGCCUUGGUCAUCAUGCUUGGCACUCUCGCCAUCUACAUUCACGAGAUGGGCGACGCCACCGACGGUCAACCCCUUGGCAAGCGCUCCAGGGUUGUCACCGCCCACGACACUACCAUGACCUUCACCUGCUUCGUCCUCUUCGACAUGUUCAACGCACUCACCUGCCGCAGCGAAGGCAAGUCCGUCCUGCGCGGCGAGCUUCCCCUCUUCGGCAACAAAAUGUUCAACUAUGCCGUACUGGGUUCGCUAGCCGGUCAGGCCUGCGUCAUCUACCUGCCCUUCCUGCAGCGCGUUUUCCAGACCGAGGCGCUUGGCUUCGGAUCGCUGUUCAAGCUGGUCUGCCUUGCCAGCUCAGUGUUCUGGGUUGACGAGGCCCGCAAGUACCUACAUGCACUCCGCCGCAGGCGCGGUCUGGGUGCUGGGUACAGUGUCAAUGUAUAAUGUGUUUCAUUGGAGGUCUUUGAUGGACACAUCCUAGAUGAUGUCCUGGUGGAUGACUUGUAAUUUGAAUGGAUUGAUAAUCCUUAUACAUAAUAGAGUUUUUUCUGUGUGCAUUAAGCAUUUUUGGCUGGGUACCUGCAUUGUUGAUUUGAUACGUACAUGAAUGAAUACAGAUG